AUGCCUCAAAAAUCGAAAAGAAGAUCUCAAUCAACCGCAGCUAUAAAAAGUCGUUGGGCUAAGAAAAAUGUUGAUGAAUUAGAUGAUGCUUUUGUUCCGGAUAUCCCGACCGAUCUGCAUGACUCAAAUGAAAAUAACAAAGAAAAUAGUUGUUUAAAGAACAAAAUGAGCGUUUUGGAUAUUGGAAACUUAUUUGAGGCAUUGUCGGAAGAGACUUCCAUUCGGCCGCUAUCUGUAUUAGUUUAUUUAUCAUUGGUGUAUUUCGGGAUACCUUGGCGAGAUAUUGAUUUAUUUCUAAAAGCGAUCGGUGGACUUACCGCGAAGACUUGCAACAAAUGGUGUACAGAUAUAAUCGAACAAGACUUAGAAGAAUUUCUGCAAGACAACAGAGGUGGUAAACAUGAAGAAAGCUUUUACGACACUUAUCCUGAAUUAGAAAGUUUAGCCAAAUUAUACGCUUUGAAUGGCUGUAAAAGAAAAUCAGCAUCUUUCACUUGUUCUGAACUGGCAAGUUAUGUAGAUGAUGAAUAUUAUAAACUAACUGGAGAGACCAAAACCACGAAAGAAUUAAUUCGAUCAGAAAGAGGUUGCUGUCGAGACUUGAAUCGUUGGGGGUGUAAAUUCGACAAAAAUACAGCGAAACCAUAUUGGGCUGGCCAUGAAAGACCUGAUGUCGUUGAUGCGCGAACAAAAUUCGUAAACAACUUUCUAACAAACCAGGAUAAAUAUUAUCGAGUUGAAGAAGGAAAAGAUCCGCGAUGGAACAUCCCAAAGAAAAGUCAAACUGUUCUGAUAUUUCAUGAUGAAUCGUGCUUCAGAAGUGGUGAAACAGCUGCUAAACGAUGGUUCUAUUCCGACGAUACUAUCUCGUUUUUCAAUAAGGGCCGAGGACGAUCGCUGAUGGUGUCAGACUUUUUGAUUGCACAUCCUGAAAGUCCUUUCUUCCAGCUUUCUCAAGACGAAUGGGCAGCAGCUGUAAAGAAACAUCCGGAAUUACUCGAAGAUGAUGGAAUUCAAUAUAUUGAACGAUCAGCUUCUGGGUCGAUUCAGGUGGGCUACGGUGGAUAUUUUGAUAAUGAUGCGAUCAUUAAUCAAUUCACUCGUUUAUUCAAAAUGUUACCGUUCAAAAAAGCUUACGCAAAUCACAAGUUUCAUGUCAUUGUCGAUAAUGCUCGCACGCAUAGUGCUAAACAAUAUUCUGUUGAAGAUUUUGGAAUGAAGCCCGGAACUCGUUGUUCAACUGAGAAAAUAUUCUACAGAGAUAAGCAUGGCAAACAACUUACCAUUGACUGUUUUUUCACAACUGGUGUAAACAAAGGGCAAUCAAAAGGUUUACUUAACUUGGCUAAGGAGUUGGACAUUGACAUUCCACCAAAAGUAAAAUUAGAAGAGCUGAAACGCCUACUUAAUUUACAUGAAGCAUUUAAGAACGUUUCAAAAUUGGAAAUAGCUGCUAGUGAAUAUGGUGUAACAAUAACUUUCUCGCCGAAAUUUCAUUGCGAGUUGAAUCCAAUAGAAGGACUAUGGGCACAUUUGAAGCAGUAUAUUAGACGUCGAACGGAUCAAACGUUUCCUACAAUGCUCAAGUUAAUUCAAAAAUCCAGAACGAAUUUUAUUGAGAAAAAUGUUUCUUUUAAACUUAUCAGAAGAUUCUGGCGUACUUUGAUCGCAUAUGAACGUGGUGACUCAUACGAAGAUGUACUGAAAAUGUAUUUCAGUUCCAUGUGCAAAGCUAACGUGAUUUCACAUCGUCAAAUCACUAAUACCAGGCUAGAUGACUGA